GGAAGUUUUGCCAGUUAGGCCUAGGCCUAGUACAUCAACAUCGUUUGAGCAAGUAGAACAGUCUCUGCCAUCUACUUCUAGUAAUGCAGAUCCAAGCGCUCCUACAGUUCUUCAAAACGGAUCACUUUUUAUGGUCGUCCACUUGAACAAUGAGGAAACACGUAGUAGGCCUUAUGCUAAUUUAACAGAAGUUGAUAUCAGACAUGAAGAGUCUACGACAACUACAGAUAAUAAAAAGAGCUAUGAAUCAAAUGAAGACAAUGCCAGUGAUUUUAUUGAAGAUUUGUUUGAUUUAUUGCCUGAAGCGGCAGAAGAACAACAGCUACAGAAUGUCGACGUGCUGUUUGACAUAGCUCCAGAUUUGGUAGAAAAUGUUGCCAUUGUAGUUGAACAAGUCAACCCAAUAGAAGUAGCGCCAACAGAGGAACACCAGCAGAUGGAGACAGCAGAGUCGAACUUAGAACAUAAUAAUACAGCUGCUUUGCUCGAGGAAACAGAUGAAGCUCCUAAAGGGUUCACCAAAAAUGGGAACCGAGGAAAAGAGCUGCGCCGAGGUGUAAAGAAGACAUUAAAUCAAAAACGUGAAAAAAAUAAAGAUAAACAUGCACUUCAGCCCCCAU